CUGCUUAAACUUACACAGAUAGCGGACAAAUGGCCAAAUGUGCUUCAGUUUAUUCAGUAUCUCCUUGAUGAUAAGUAUUAUGGCACUUUAUUCAUUGCCGAUUAUCCUGAAUUAAAUUUAUUUUUUGCCGAGUUGAAAAAGCUUGCUGUGAGUCAGAGAAUGAAAGAAGCUUCAUCAGAUACUGCAAUAUUUGACGAAGGGGUUUGGGAUCUUGACUCCAAAUUUCCGGAUGCUAAUGAUCUUUACUUGACAGUUGUCUACAGAUUCCAUAUCCUUCAUCUUAUCGAUGAUUUGAAGGCCUGUACUACCGCCCUUCGUCAUGGCGUAUAUGAUGAUGAUGAACUGGUGAGAAUUCUCACUUUGCUUUGUGAGUUGUGCAAUGAGAACAAAGGCCGAAAAGAAGUAAUCUGGGCGUUCUCGCAGAAAUAUCUGUACCAUCUAGUGGAUAUAGUCAAUCAUGCCUCGACUAACAUUGAUGUUCGAAACCUGGCCUGCUAUGCGUUAACUACCCAUCUGCUAGCUAUUGUUGUCGCAGAAGUGGAUGAUCCUAGGUUUUGGCUAAAGUAUUCUGGAAUUCUAUCUCGGCUUAUUACCGAUAGGUGCCUUAACUAUAGGUGA